AUGGGGUUGGAAGAAGAACAAAAAUGGUCUUGUUCCUUUGACUGCACUUCAAGAUCCUGCUCCAGAAGUUCUUCUUCGACUAAUUUCUUGACAAAAGGAUGUCAGGGAACAUGUGGGUGUAGAAAAGUAGGGCUCAGCUGUUCUUUAAUUUGCUCAAACUGUGACAAUAAAUGUAAUAACAUGCCUCAAGUUUUGGAAGAUAGUGAUAAAAAAGAAGACAGUGAUACAAUUUUAGAACCACUACUUAAUGAAAUUGAUUCAGAAACUAUAGAGAAAUUUACUGCGGAUGCAGAAAGUACAGAUCUACUGCGCCAGUGA